AUGGCUACACGAUAGAAUACUCAUCCAAAUGAUUCAAAGAAGAAACCGAAGGAUAAACAUAAAAAUAGUGAUAAAACUUCCAAAAAAAAAGUCAAAUCUAAGUCAAUAGUGGAUCAAGAGCAGGUCUUGAAUUUAAGGUAGAGUUUUGAGACCUUGAUUAAAAACAAAGAGGAUCUUGAAAAGAUAAUUUUAAAUCAAGAAGGUAAAAUCAAGGAUCUGAAAUAGAAUGAGAAAAAUUUAUUGGAAGAAUUGAAAAGAUAAGGGGAUAUUGCAAGGGAAGCACUCAAUAAACUGUAUUACUAUUAAUAGGAGAAUAAUGUCGAGAGAGAAAAGCUGAGAAAAUAUUACGAUGAUUAUUAUAAAACAAAAGAAUAGGAAGUAAUAUAGAAAUAUGAAGGAUUGAUGCAAUAAUCCAAUAUAACGUUGUCGGAUUAUUAAAAGAAGUUUAAAGACUUUGCUGUAAAAGAAUAGAUUUACUAGGAGGAAAUUGAGCUGUUAAAGAAAACAACAAAAAAUACUUAAACACCCAGAGACAGGAAUUUUUAAUAAUAAUUGAAUGAUAUGGAAUUAAAACUUAAUUAAGCCAAUAAAAAUAAUGAGCAAUUGAAAAUAUUAUAGAGUGAGAACUCCAAUUUGUACAUGAAAAUAGGGUAAUAUGAGUAAUAGUUGAUAAAAAAAAAUGAAAAAGAAAAGACUUUAAAAGAACAAUUUAGUAAGUAAAUAACCGAUUUGCAACAGGAAAUAAAGUAUUGGAAAAAUGAGAUGGACAAAGUCAUUAGGUAGAACAAUGCCGUCAUUUCUAAAUUAACCCCAUAAAAGCUAAGAUAUUGAUUAUAGGAGUAUUUAUUGAUUAUUGAUAUUUGAUGAUAAGGAAAAAUAUAUUCUUUUAUUAAAUAAAUUUAA